GCAAGCGACUUCACAUUGGCGUCGCAAGCAGUGUUCGCGAAAUUGAAGAAAAAGCUCAACAUUGGAGUCAAACACCAACGCUUGCAGACGGUAGCCGUCAGUAUUCAUCGGCUUCGACAGGAGAAGGCGCCCUCCCACGUCUGGCACAAUAGUGAACGCGCCUUGAAAGGGGAAGGCAGUGCACGCCGCGUAGUGCACCUGUCCAUCGGGCACAUGUGGGACGAGGUCGAGGUAAAGCAGGCAUGGCGCCCAUCUAAAAAGUACAGGGUCAUGCGGAAGAACGUUGCCAUGCCUGCGCUGGUGCAGCGCAGCACCGUCAACUUGAGCCUGGCCAACGUCAACAGGGAAAGGGGGCAGCAGUAUCAACGCUAUUGGUUAGCUCAGCCAGUGGAGGUUUGCGGCACGAAAGCGAAGGACCUUUUGCCAGGCACCAAGAAGGGUAUACCCACCCAGGCCGACUGCCAAGACUUCGACAUCUUGACUAAUCUUUUGGGUUCGGUCUCAAGCUUCGCAUUCCAACCAAUGUGCGAUCGGGCCAGCGCCAACAUAUCGAUUCUCAAGGUGUGGGCUAACCAAAGCGACCUGCUCACCGAUCAGUUCCCCGAUAUUGCGCAGAAGGUUUUGUACUUUCCAGAUACUUGCGGCAUUCAUGCCCACCAUCGCGGCAAGCUAAAAGUCAAGGGGCUGCGAAAGCACACUAUGAGGCAUUAUUCGAUCGCGUCUAUGUCCAGAUACAGGGGCAACCUUUCCAGGUGCAUCGCGGGCAUCGAGACACCCGUUGAGGACAAACUUCAUCGGGAAGUGGGGCCAGCCGGCCCAUUUCCUGACACGCUGGAGGCGGUCGCCGACACUCUCUACGACUGCAAUGCCGAACACCACACACGGCCGCGCAAGGACGGCAAGGGCAGGGGGGAGUCGCAGCUUCUGAAGGACUUGAAAGAAUUGAUCGUCGUGGCCAACGGGAGCCUGAGUGCGGACACGUGGACGCACCAUUGCUGGGAUUCAGCCCAAG